AUGCUGACCUCCACUGAACUCUCUACGUCGCUACAGGGUAAUGAGCCAGAUGUCAUUUCAGCCGAGCCCUCCUCGUCGCCUCCAAGUCAACGGCACGAGUUGAGCGCCGAGCACCAAAAGAUCGUCAAGUCUACCGCGCCCGUGCUGGCUGAACACGGCGUUGCGAUUACUUCGCACUUCUACAAACGCAUGCUGAAUAACCACCCUGAACUGCGCAACAUUUUCAACUCUGCACAUCAGAGUACGGGAACACAGCCUGCCGCCCUUGCACAUGCGGUAUGGGCAUAUGCUGCCAACAUCGACAACCUGGGAGCCUUGACCAGUGCAGUCUCGCGGAUCGCUCACAAACAUGUCAGUCUCGGGGUUACGCCCGACCAGUACGCCAUUGUCGGGGAAAACCUACUUGCUGCAAUUAAAGAGGUAUUGGGCGACGCCAUCACCCAGCCCAUCUUGGACGCCUGGGCUGCGGCCUAUCAACAACUCGCUGAUAUUUUCAUCGACGUCGAACGCAGCCUAUACGAAUCGGCCGAUCACAGCCCUGGCGGUUGGGUAGGAUGGCGGAAAUUCAAAGUUUCACGCAAAGUCCCCGAGAGCGACGAGAUUAUCUCAUUUUACCUGGAACCCCUGGACGGAGGCCGGCUACCCAACUUUAAGCCCGGCCAGUACAUCUCGGUGAGAGUCUUCCUGCCAGAGCUAGGCGUGUAUCAGCCUCGCCAAUACAGUCUUUCCGACACCGAUGAUGGAAAACACUUCCGUAUCUCGGUCAAGAGAGAUGCGGGUAUAAGUCCCGCACCACCUGGAAGAGUGUCCAAUAUCCUACACGAGAGCCUACCGGAGGGCUCUGAGCUGGAUGUCAGCAACCCCUUUGGCGAUUUCACCCUGGACGUCGCCGACUCGGAAGAGCCUGUCGUGCUGAUCAGCGGCGGCGUGGGCAUUACUCCUAUGUUGUCGAUGCUGGGAACUCUGGUCGAGCGCGCCCCGAGGCGGCCAGUAGUCUUUGUCCACGCGGUCCGCAACGGCAAGGUCCAUGCCAUGAAGGACUAUCUCGCGCGCAUCAUCAAGGACAAUCCCCAGGUGUCCAAGGCCAUCUACUACGAAGAAACCGAGGCCGGGGACCGUCAAGGCGUCGACUACGACUUUGUUGGUCGCAUCGUGCUCGAAGACAUCAAGGAUAAAGUCCUCCUACCCGGCGCGAGCUACUACAUUUGCGGACCGAUCCCGUUUAUGCGUCUGCAUCAAAAGGCUCUCGAGGACCUCGGUGUCCCUCCAGAGCGGAUCCAUACUGAAGUGUUUGGGUCGGGCGUGAUCUAG